UUCCCAUUUUUCCUCACAUCCCAAACAUUCUAUUUAUUCUCUAAGUAAACUUCCUAUUUCCUUACACGCUGAUCAUCUCUCCAAGAUCUAAAACCAAAAAAAUGGGUCUAAAGAAAACAAGCAGCAAACACAGCACACAAACAGCAGCUUUGAAACAAAUGAUCAAAAGGUGUUCCAGCUUUGGAAAGAAUGAGAAUGGUUUCCCUCAUGAUGUCCCAAAAGGACAUUUUGUUGUGUAUGUGGGAGAAAAUAGGAGCAGAUACAUAAUUCCUAUUUCUUGGUUGACAUAUCCUGAAUUUCAAAGUUUGCUUCAAAGAGCUGAAGAAGAGUUUGGAUUUAGCCAUGAGAUGGGCAUAACUAUUCCUUGUCAUGAAGAUGAUUUCUGCUCUCUGAUUUCCAUGUUCAGAUGAAAAAGUUCAAAAGCAGUUCAUCUUUCUUCUUCUUUUUUUCCCUCUAUGAUGAGAGUUUUUAGGUUAUUAAGUAAAUAGUUAAGUUUUUACUAUUUAACUGACAAAAGGAAACCCGCAUCUUAGUACUCGUGUGGAGUUUUUGGGUUUGUAUAUUGGAUUCAUGUACUCGAUUGGUACUUUCAUCAGUGGUGUGGAUUCUGCACCCGUGGAAAUUAAAUCUCUUAAUUGCUAUUGUUCCAAAACAAUA